AUGGUUCGCCCACGAUCCGUUGCUUUCAGUUGCGAAUCUCUGUCUAUCAUUUGGUCUGCAAGGAAAAGAAUACCAAAUCGCUGUGUCCCUUGGAUUAAAUCGCCGCUCGAUAAGACGGACGGAGCGCAUCCACAACUUCAUCAGCAUACUGACUCAACUCCUAUCGAGUUAUUCUUCGAUCUGUUCUUCGUCGCAAAUCUUUCUACAUUCACUGCUACUCAUGAAAUCAAUAAUCUAGAAGCAUUGUGGUCUUAUGUUAGCUUCCUCAGCAUCAUAUGGUUCACAUGGCUUCAGGUGUCCUUAUUUGACAUUCGUUUUGCGCAGGAUUCUAUAUUUGAGAGGAUUUGCAAAGCGCUACAGCUUGCGACGAUGGUUGGGUUUGCUUCUACCGGCUCUGGCUUCGCAACGCAAGUCCGCGAUGAGAACGUCUGGGCAUUCCGUUCGUUGAGCUUGCUUCUGGCCUGCAGUCGCCUGUUAUUAAGCCUCGAGUAUUCAAUAGCCGCAAUGUUCCUCCACCGUACAAUGGGAUUGGCUUCGAAGGGGUUGCUGCUGAUAGUGUUGGUUUUUAUGGCAACGGGGUUUACCUACACUGGGCUGUAUUUUGUGUUUAACAACAUUACGGGCACGAGAGGAGAAUAUGUGUGGACUUCGUGGUUUCUCAUAUUUGCUAUUGAAACUCUGGUUGUUAUGUCUGUAUCGAGUCGAACUCCGGGAAUUGGGUUUGAAGAUACCCAUCUCAAUGUUCGCAUGGGACUUCUCACGCUUAUAAUUAUUGGAGAAGGCGUUAUCUCCAUAAUUAGAAUCGUCAACAGAACUGUUGGCUCUGGUGGCUGGACGAAAUGGUCCUUUGUUCAUAUACUUGGCGUGACGACGGCAGUGUACCUUUUAUGGCAAUCAUACUUCGAUAUAUCUCCUCGAAUGAAAUAUGGUCCAACUCAACAACAGAUCUGGACUCAACUGCACUUCCCGUUCCAUGUCGUGCUUGUUCUCCUCUCAGAGGGCUCCCAGAUUCUUGCCUUGACUUUAGAUAUAUCUCUCAAACUCAAGUAUCUGAGUAACACCAUUUUCUUUGCAUGCGAACCGCCACGGCCAGACCCAAAUUUCGCCAUCGACCUGCUCAACAGCACAAUCACUGACAUGGACAUUGACUAUUCCCAAGGUGCCAAAGACGAACAACGCUGUAUCCAAUCCAUCCUCCAAGCGCUCCGAGAUAACCCUCCCCUGUGCUCGUCGGAUGAUGGCCCGGGUGCUCUCACCCUCCAACGUUCUCAUGACCUGAUGGGAAACGUGACGGCGAGCCUCUUCUCAAGCAUGGGAAUAACGCCAGCAACCCAUAUGGUGGACAGCGACAAGCUGCUGAUGUUGUAUUUAGAAAUGCUGGGAUUUGUGUACAUGUAUUAUUUUAUUGUCGCGUCCGCUGCCAUGUUCAUAUUCGCCGCUUUCGUUUUCCUUACGCAGCGUCAUACAGGGAAGAUAUACUCUUGGGUGGCUAUUACCACGCGUGUUUUGCUGGGAAUUCUCCUGCUGGGUAUGGUUGCAAUUGUGACGAAUUUCCGUCUGGUCUACAGCUUUAUGACAAACCCUAUGAUUAUUUUUACAUUUACGCUGGUGUUGCUCGUAGCUCUGUUGGCUGAUCGAGCGCUCGAUUCGAUUGCCCUGCGAUCGCCAACAAAGACAAACAAUGAUGGAGAAGGAACAGAAAUCGGCCCAGUCACAAUGUCCCAACUUAGUCCUAUACCCACGGCUAUUUCUAAUGACAGUACUAUUCAAUGUUAA